AUGAAAGGGCCCGCCAAAAUCCUGGCCCGAGCCCGAGAUUUCUACAUCCGGAGCAUGACCACCUGCGCCGGCCACGCUGCCGUCGGCGUCCCCAACCUCCACUUCCAAAGCCUCCCGAGAAGCUUCAGCGCCAACUCAGAUUACAGUUCCAGAGACGACGAUUUUCGGGAGCUUACGAGGAUCGCUUCCACUCGGGCCAAGGCAAAGGCGGACCUCCUCCGCGCAACCAGCUCGUCGCCAACGGGCCCAGGCCGCGUGCCAGCCGUUGCUCGCAGCCGCACGGUUUCCAUCGGCAGGAUUGACGAAGAUAAGCCUUAUGAAUUUGACAGCCACGGCCCUACGCUGAGGAGCAAAAGUUAUGCACCUUCAAGAAGUCGAAUGGUGUGA